GAACACUAUACAAUUUCCUCGCAGCGCAGUGUAAGAAGGUUCAGAAAACGUGUUGGCAGGUUCGUUAGAACGCUCUUGGUUUUGAAUUAUAUUUUGUGCGAUAAAUCCGCAUAGAUACCGUUUGAAAUCGGGGACACGUGCCAAAAUGGAUGCACAAAGGUCCACGCUGGUCCACUGGUUCCGUAAAGGCCUCCGGGUGCACGACAACCCCGCAUUAUCGCACAUUUUUACCGCCGCUAACGCUGCUCCAGGAAAAUACUUUGUCCGUCCGAUUUUCAUCCUGGAUCCAGGAAUCCUCGAUUGGAUGCAAGUGGGCGCCAAUCGAUGGCGAUUCCUGCAGCAAACGCUGGAGGACUUGGAUAACCAGCUUCGGAAACUUGAUUCCCGUCUGUUUGUGGUGCGUGGGAAGCCCGCAGAGGUUUUCCCCCGUAUUUUUAAGAGUUGGCGCGUGGAAAUGCUGACUUUUGAGACAGAUAUCGAGCCGUACUCCCUGACCCGGGAUGCUGCCGUCCAGAAGUUGGCCAAGGCAGAGGGUGUAAAAGUGGAGACUCACUGCUCCCACACGAUUUAUAAUCCGGAAUUGGUAAUAGCGAAGAAUCUUGGUAAGGCUCCAAUUACCUAUCAAAAGUUCCUGGGCAUUGUGGACCAACUGAAGGUACCCAAGGUUCUAGGGGUUCCUGAAAAGCUUAAAAAGAUGCAUACACCACCAAAAGAUGAAGUGGAACAGAAGGAUUCGGCGGCCUAUGAUUGUCCUACGAUGGAGCAAUUAGUGAAGCGACCGGAGGAACUAGGACCUAAUAAGUUUCCGGGAGGUGAAACGGAGGCACUGCGCCGCAUGGAGGAAUCCCUAAAGGAUGAAAUUUGGGUUGCCCGCUUUGAGAAGCCCAACACGGCGCCCAACUCGCUGGAGCCUAGCACAACCGUACUGAGUCCUUACCUCAAAUUUGGAUGUCUUAGUGCCCGACUGUUCAACCAAAAGCUCAAGGAAAUUAUCAAGCGCCAGCCGAAGCACUCGCAGCCGCCCGUUUCACUCAUUGGACAACUCAUGUGGAGGGAAUUUUACUACACGGUGGCGGCUGCGGAACCCAACUUUGAUCGAAUGUUGGGCAAUGUAUACUGCAUGCAGAUUCCGUGGCAGGAGCAUCCUGAUCACUUGGAGGCCUGGACUCACGGACGCACCGGAUAUCCUUUCAUCGACGCCAUCAUGCGUCAACUGCGGCAGGAGGGUUGGAUCCAUCAUCUGGCCCGGCAUGCGGUGGCAUGUUUCCUAACGCGCGGAGACCUCUGGAUCAGCUGGGAGGAGGGACAGCGGGUGUUCGAGCAGCUGCUGCUGGAUCAGGACUGGGCACUAAACGCUGGCAACUGGAUGUGGCUAUCUGCGUCCGCCUUCUUUCACCAGUACUUUCGCGUCUACAGUCCGGUGGCGUUUGGCAAGAAAACGGACCCCCAAGGGCACUAUAUCAGGAAGUAUGUGCCGGAACUCUCAAAAUAUCCAGCUGGCUGUAUUUAUGAGCCCUGGAAGGCGUCGCUGGCGGAUCAGCGGGCAUACGGCUGCGUCCUCGGCACGGAUUAUCCCCACCGGAUUGUUAAACACGAAGUGGUGCACAAGGAGAACAUUAAGAGAAUGGGCGCCGCCUACAAAGUAAAUCGGGAGGUGCGCACGGGCAAGGAGGAGGAGUCGUCUUUCGAGGAGAAAUCAGAAUCCUCCACUUCAGGCAAGCGGAAGGUGCGAAGGGCAGCCGGAAGUGCCCCUAAGCGAAAACGUUAAAACCUAUAAUAUGUUCGCUACCUUAUGUAAGAGGUAGUUAGAUCUGCGGAGUGAGUUCAUAUGAAUUUAAGAUGGAACAAUUGUUUGAUGUACUAUUUUAGGUAUAAGUCUAUUAACUUCUUGAUUGUUACCUUAACAAAUUUUAGGUAUAUAUCGAGUAUAUAGUAUUUGUUAUGCAUUGGAAUACUCAAGUUGUCAAUAGGUAUAGGAGAGUGACUAAAGAAUAUGUUUAGGCGCUUGUGUACUUGACAUAAAAUGCACCAAUAAAGGUAUUAAUACGA